GGUACUUUGUUCUUGUUUUUACCAAUUCCAUUGAUGUAUUCUUUAGCAUAUGCCGGAUGCUGCUAGCAAUAAUCCAACCUAGUUUUCGUUGAAAUGCUGUUUUUGUUCACACAUUAUUCUUUACACCGGAGUAUAUAUAUAUAUAUUAUAUAAUAGAAUGCAAAUGCAAACAAUUCCGUCUCAAGCUCACAAACACAUCUCCGAUUCUCCGGCCGGAAAAAAUGGAGAAUUCUCGGACUCAGCUCCUCCUCCGCCUCUUCGGCUUCUUGCUUUUGCUCUGCAACGCCGCCAAAGCAGAAUUUAGAGAAAAUCCGACCUGGAAUCCAAAUCUGACGCCGUUUGAGCAGUGGAGAAGUGCUUAUUUCUGCUUGCUUAAUUUUAAGGCGAAUACUACUUGCAUACCAAAGUAUGUGCUGAGCAUGAAGGGAUGGUUAAAUGUAACGAAGAAUGAAGGACCGGGGUUCUGUUCCAGUAAAUGCGUUAAAGAAACCAGAAACGUGCUACAUUGCAUUAGCCACACCAAACGCGACUUCUGGUUCGCCAACAAGGCCACUGUUAAUGAUAUCAAUCAAACCAUCAUCGACGGAUGCGGCCAGAAAGGUUUUACUGGAGUAAGUUACCACCCGGUUCCCAAAAAACAUUAAAGCUAGCUAGCUCCUGGUGUGCCCCAUAUAAUGUUCUAUUUUGUGUUUGCUUUUUGUUAGUAUCAUUUCCCCCCCCUUCUUGUUGUUGUUGAAUUGAAAAAGGAUGGAAUGUAAAAAUAAAGAAAGGAUGAAUGCUACUUUAAAUGUAACAUCUGGGCUUCUCUAUCCUUUCAAAUUAAGUAGGUAGAUUUAUAAUCCUUUAAAAAUGAAUCCUAGGAGAAAUUGAAAUAGACAUCUCCCCCGUUGAUUAUAAGAUAUGACAUA